GCAAAAAAAAAAGACACAAAGAAAUACCCAAAUUUCAAGGUGACAACAUGUGUUUCAUCAAUUAGACGUCAAGGGCGGCCAAAAAUAAACGGGGACUAGUUCCAUUUCUCGGGAUUUUACAGCGAUUUCCAAUAACUGAUCUCGUUAAUAUUUCAAGUGAAAAAUAAAGCAAAAACUGGGCAAAAACUUGUGAGGAAUCUGUGAACAUUUUCGUAAUUAUUUGGCUGCUAGUUUGGGCGGCAGGUGUGUAUGUGACUUGCCAAAUCUUAUCUGUGGGGAAACGGUAAUUGCUUUCGCAUAAUAUAUAGCCGCGAAUCUAUAUAUUGUGAAUGCGCUGCGUAUAUAAUGCCAAAUAUCCAAGCGCCGGCAGUUAGUUGAUUUUGUUUACCCAACAGAGAAGCGACGCCUAAAACAUGCAAGAGUGGCUAAUGAUAGCGCUGCUGCUGCUGGCAUUGGCUCAGCUCAGCUGGCAAACGGAAUACCUGAACAAUGGCCUAGAUGUGUGUCGCCUCUUCCCGGAUGACACAAAACUGCGCAAGCCGGGCUAUUGUGACAGAUCGAUUGUUUGCCAGAAUUCUAUGAGCACGGAAGGGGAAAUAUGCAGCGGUACCAAGCCCUUUUUCAGCCUAUCCAAGGGCGCUUGCAACACGCCGGACUCAUCGGACGCAUACUGCAAGAAUCCGUGCACAUCCAAGACCAGCGGCUACGUGGGCGAUACUAUGAACUGUGCGAAUUGGUAUUACUGCGACAAGGCCAAUUUGCUUGGCAGCGGUGUUUGUGGCAAUGGCAUGUGGUUCGAUCAGACGAGAAAGAUCUGCGCCUAUCCCAGCGAUGUGCCGUGCGAGGCCAAGUUCGAGCUCUGCCAGGUGAUGCCAACGGGCGUGGCGGCCAUGGAUCCGUUGUAUUGCAAUAAGUAUUUCACAUGUAAAGGGGGCAAGGCCACAACUUUCACCUGCGAGAGCGGACUCUAUUAUGAUGUGGCGCAGAAAAAAUGCAUUAAGAAGUCUUUGGUGAAGUGUGAGAAGCAUCCGGUGCCCGAAGAUGUCUGCGGCACCAAGAAGCUGGCGAAGCGCGGCAAGUUCGUUGCCGAUGGCGCCACUUGUCGUGGCUAUUACUAUUGCCGGGACUUGGGCUCGGGUGUGCCGGAUACGGCACCGGUGUGGCAUCAGUGCCCAUUGGAGACAUUUUUCAAUGAGAAUCUCGAACUCUGUCAGGAUCGCGGCGCACGCAAAUGCAAUGAAGAUCGCUGCGAUGGUCGCGAGUCGGGCUACGAGCUAGCCGAGGAAUUGGGCUGCCAGCACUACCUGGAGUGCAAGGAUGGUGCAACGAUAGACAUACAUAAGUGUCCCGAUGAUACGUAUUUCGAUAUACCAACAAAAUCGUGUACUCCAGAGAAGAAGAACUAUGGCAUCUGCAACGCAGACCCAGAUCCAUAUGAUCCUAAUAAUUGGCACUUCUAAAUAAAUUUCUCAAAGCACUUUAAUAGCAU